AUGGCCUACAGACUUCUUGUCCUGGCGCCCCUCCUUGCAACACUUGUUGCGUCCGUCUCCGAAGUGGUUCCUGGUCCAGGACUUCCAACUCUUGCCGAGUUGGGAGUGACGUCUCCGGAUCUAUACAACGAGAUUCCAGCGGCCCUUUCAAGUCACAGCAAGAGGGAAGAUAAGCACGACGGUGCAAUAUGCACCAGCUUUGGCGGCACGGGCUAUACACCCGUUGAACAUGUUAUCGCUUGCUUUAACUACCUAGUCAAGAUUGGCAACAGGAAGUGUUCGACGGCUCCCCAUACUGUCUGUACUAUUGAAGAGACUGUAAUUAAGGCGAACGCGUACGGGUCACCGGCGUCUCCUGACUACAUUGAUUGCUGGGAUGUUGCACUCGGUGUGCAGAAAGUUUUUACUGAGUGUAACAUUGAUGGAAAAGUUUCAGGGCAAUAUUUUCUACCCAAUGUAGCCAAUGCAGUUAAGGGUGUAUUUUACGAGGUUGAGACAUAA